ACAUGCGCGGCAUCCUGUGCUACCAUUGGUGGAUUUCGAAUAUGUGAUGCCAGUCCGUGAGGAGACAACAAGAAGUCAGGCUGUAGCCCCCUGCCUCCCCUGACGAGCUGUGUGACCAACUUCCACCUAUAACAUUGCACUGAGAGGCCGCACCCGUCACCAUGGCCUCGACGAGCAAUGUGGAGAACUUGUCACCACAAAUCCUGCGAGGAGUGCUGAAGGAGGUGACAGAGCUGGUGAAGGGUCCGCCAGAGGGCAUCAAGGUACACAUGAAUGACGAGGACAUCACAGACAUCCAAGCUACCAUCACAGGCCCUGCGGGCACCCCGUACGCAGGAGGAAUGUUCCGUGUCAAGUUGGCACUCGGCAAGGACUUCCCCAGCGCUCCUCCAAAGGGUUACUUCCUCACCAAAAUCUUUCAUCCCAAUGUUGCCUCAAAUGGAGAGAUCUGUGUGAACACCCUCAAGAAGGAUUGGAAGGCUGACCUCGGAAUCAGGCAUGUCCUCUUGGUUAUAAAAUGUUUGCUAAUAGUGCCCAAUGCUGAGUCAGCCUUGAAUGAGGAGGCAGGGAAGCUGCUGCUGGAGGCUUACGAUGAUUAUGCUGCCAGAGCAAAGAUGAUCACUGAAAUCCAUGCCCAGGGUCCCAAAGUGGCCAAAGGUGAGACCAGUGGUGAAGGGUCAAACCAGGAUGGGCCCUUAGCAAAGAAGCAUGCUUCUGAUAAGAAAAUAUCGGCUGAUCGGAAAAAGCUAUUGAAAGAUAAAAAGAGGACACUAAAGAGAUUAUGAGUGGUGUUAGUGAGUGCUUUCUGUGCCACCUUGAAGUGCAAAAUUUGUGUGGGUAUCGUUCAAUGAUAUCUCCUUUCCUCUCAAUUUCUUUCUCUCUUUCUCUCUCUCUCAGGCUGUUGUUUUGAUUCUCAGAUGUUUUAUGGCUUGUAUGUAUAAGUGAUUGGCCCAAAAUUGACACUCCUUUCCAUAGCGAACUCCAGACCUUGCUCUUCAAUAGUCUUAUUUUUUAGUCGUGGGCGUUUCCCAAAGUGAUUUUAUAAUGUGGAGGAAUUAUUUUAGUAUGGAUGUUUUCAUGCCUUGUAAUUAAAACAUCUGGAGGUUUAGGAUCAUGUCAUGGAUGGAUUUAAGCAAUGAAAUUGCUUUUAAAGAUAUUUGAUAGUUUUAUACCUGUAAAACGAAAGUACACUAGACAGACUAAAAUUAACUAGUAGCAUGUAUUAGUACAUCUAUAUAUCUGAUAUUCAGAUUGAUGUCAUGUGAACAGUACUAACUAUAAAGCGAGUCUUUCUGUAGGGUAAGAUUUUAAGUGAGGAUUCGUGUCCAACCUUUGGUUCCUGAGUCAGAAUGCACUGUCAGAAUAUAUUUUGUGGCACGGCUGAUGCAAUACUGGAAUUCUGUAUUAGUGAGUAUUUUAUUAUUUAAAAGAGAAAGGUUAGAUCUUUUCAGAGAAGUAACAAUUUAAGGCUUUACUUUCAAGUUCUGCUUAUAAUGUUUGGUACAAGACUGCAAUAACCUUAAAAUACUUUAUCUGCCUUUGGCAGGAGAUAUUGAUAUUUUGUCAUAGUUAACAUACUCUGCCUUUAAAACUUCAGAAUACAUGUAUUCUAUAGUUUAUUGAUGGAAAAUGUCAAUAAUUAAAGUGUCCUAAUCCAGUCAGGCCUUUUGAAUGUAUAAAAGUUGUAAAAAUGACCAAAUAUUGUACAUUAAAACUAGGUAAUGAUUUCAUAAACAUGGAGAAUACUUUGAUGUCAAGAACACAAGAUUCUUACCACAGGUAUUACACUUUACCCCAUCUGCUUACAGUAAGUAUUGAGGCAACCUUUCAAACCUAACUUAACACAUAAAUUUUAUAUCUGCUCAGGAGUGUUGUAAUAAUUUAUUAUUGUUUUUUUAAAUCCUCUAGUAUUGCCAUGCUAAUAGCUUUAAAGAUUAGUAGAUAGAUCUUGACACAGAAGUAUGAAAGUUUGUGUUCAAUAUUUUUCCCCAUUGGUCAUGAAGGAAACAUUGUUAUUGUAGGCAUGCCUGGUGGGCAGCUAGGGAGUAAUGAUUGUGUCCAUGAAGCUCAUGUUGGGCCUAAUGGGUAUAGAUUUACUUUUAGUGUUGAUCUCUUCUGGGAAAAAUAGUAAUAAAUAAAUUAUAAACUUUAAAGGGACCACACUACUGCUUUGUGCUUGUGUCUGUAGUCAUUGGUACAUGAACACGUGCAUUAUACACCACAGGAGGAGGUGGCUUGUAUUUGUGACUCUUCAGUUCCACAUUAAAACAAGAAUGUUACAUUAGCACAAAAACUUUUUGUUGCACGAGUCUUAAUACAUGAAGCAUACACUUUAAUGCAUCAUAUAGAAACUUUGGAGCUUGGUGUAUUGCAUUAUUCUUUGAAGUUCACAAUUUUCUGCUGAUAAAUAUUAAAUACACUGAUAUUAACAUCACCACCGCAGAUAGGAACUCUUCAGUUUAUGUAAGGUGUCUCAUGAAAGCGUCACCAAUGUUGGAUGCAUUGAGUAGAUUUUGAAGACCCUCCAAAUUCUUCACAUUGAUAAUGAAAGGAAAAUACUACUUUCACUAUUUCACCACCUUUGAAAUCUACACACCUCCCAGCACUGCCAAGUUACUGAGAACACAAGAGUAAGCCAAACACAGCUGGGGUACUGGUGUGUUGCCAUCAACAUGUAAACAUUCUUUAUGCUUGCUUGUUUAGUGUGGUAGAUUUUAUAGAUAAGGCCCAUUGCACUCUAAGUCACUUGUUACUGCCACUGAUGAUUUAGUAAUACUGUAUCUGUGGCAAAGAGGAAGUGAGAGUAGUAAUAAAUAGUAUUUAUGGAAAGAUUUGUAUACCUACUAGGCCUUCUGCCCUCUCCUUCACUGAUCCAAGUACGUAUCUGCAAUUUUGUUAGAAGAUAUUUCAUUGUUUAAUUUUCUAUACUGAAGUCCAGAUAAUAUAUAUAGUAUAUAUAUUUUACGUAUAUAAAAAGACAGAUUGCCAUUUGGUGAUGGGGAUGUCUUAGUCAAGCAUUGCAAAAGCAAUAUUAUUUUCAGUUUCACUUUUGGGUAAGCCUUUUGUUAACAUUUUAGCAUUUGCCUCCAGUGACACAACCUGACAAAUUAUUAAGGAGAUUGUCAUUUGCCUGUUUGAGAGUCCUUGUUCUAUUAUAGGUGUGAUGCCUUAAAGAACAUAGCCUCUGCCACUACCAGGGUUAUGUCAGGCUCAGCCCCAGGGGAAACUGACACCCCUAGAGCCUUGUCUGUAGUCCAACUUUGUGUAACCCAAGAAUCAUGUUUUCCAGUCUGUCACACUGACAUUAAUAGGAUUUCUACUAGAAUUAUUGGCCAUUUUAUUUUUCUAAGUUUACAAGCCAUCUGUAGUCCUAAUCUUUUACUGUCAAAUAAAUUAGUAAUUAAUAAAUAUAUUUAUAUCUA